AUGAGCACCACGGCUAGUCUGCCGGCAUACAUGCUGUCAGGAGUCGCAGUUCAGCAACCGCCUCAUCUUGAGGGCGACGCUAGUUUUGCAACUGAAAUUCUUCCAGGACCUCCGUCGCUUCUUUCUGUGCAACAAUCGGCCCAAAAGCGCGAUCCCAGAAAGCGAUUUACGGACUGUUCGUAUCUGCCAACCUCGGAUCCUGGAUCUACGUAUUCUGGAGUAAUGCAUGGCACUCUUAUUGGCCAUGAGCCCGAAGGCCCCAGGUCGAAACGUUCCAGAGCCGACAAAGGAGCUGCAAGUGGUCGCGCUCAACGCGCUUCAGCCCGUAAUCAGAUAGGCAUAUCGUCAACCGUCGAUUCUUCCAUGAAUCUGGAGAGUGGCUCAACUUCAACCUUACAGCCCAUUUUGGUGGACUGGGAUUCCUGUACCAUGGUUAUCGAUGAUGAUUUGUCUCUCUCACGCUCGAAUUCCUCCCUCAAUCUUCAAGAUCCACCACAAGCGAGCUCCAGUGGAAGAGCCAGAAGGAAAGACAAGGGAAAGGGAAAGGAGGCAGAGACUCCCCCAAUAAGAGUGAAAGAGGAGCCAAAAAAUAUCUCGCUACAUACACCCGAACCUGUUCCCAAUUUGCUGAACAAUGAGGACCACUGCUCGUCAUGUCGUUCCCAUGGUGCGCUGGUGUAUUGUGACGGAUGCCCCAGGGCUUUCCAUCUAUGGUGCCUCGACCCACCCAUGGAGGGUGUAGAUGAGGGUGACAGCAGAUGGUUUUGUCCGAACUGCACGAUUCAAAAGCAUCCACCGCGGAAACCACCCCCGUCGUUAUUGUCCCCUCUCAUAUACCAACUGGAAACUUCCAUUCCUGUUGAGUUCCAGCUACCUGAUGAGUUCAGAUCUUUCUUCAAAGAUGUGGCAACGGGUCCAAAAGGAUCUUACGAAGACAGUUCGGAGAUUAAACCUCCCCGUCUCAACCGUCAUGGGCAGUUGGAAGACCGCGAGCCCCAUCGCCUUCGUGAUCGAAAUGGCGCCCCCGUUCUAUGUUUCCAUUGCGGAAUGUCCGCACUUCCAACUGGGCUUGCCGCGACUGCUCCUGCCUCAAAACGUCCUCGCCGAUCCACCUCAAAGGCGGCCUCUCCGGAGACAUGGAAGAGUAUUGUUUCUUGUGACUAUUGCCACCUUCACUGGCACUUGGAUUGCCUCAAUCCGCCACUACCAACGAUGCCCCUUACCAACAAGAAAUGGAUGUGUCCAAACCACGUGGAACGAGUGCUACCGCCGAAACGUCGCAUCCCAAAGCAAAAUGCGCCCCCCAUCGAGGUUACAAAGCCACGACAAUACAACAAUGGCAAUAUCGACGUGAUACAUCCUGAGAUCUAUCCUCCCACGCAGAAUCCAAGAGUCAUCGCGGACGAAGUUUUGAUAAAUGGUCGUCGAUAUAGAGUCCCUGAAAGGGUCAUCGUUCUCGACUUUUGGAAUAAACUCAACAAAUUCGGCGAACAAACGAAUAAGGAUGUAGAUUUAGUAUCCGGAAUGUCCUCACCCCUCACAUCACUCAGUUCCUUAGAUGAAUUGGAUGACCAAGUCUCUGAUACAGGACCAGCAGUCGAUGGUAUCAACGAUUUGAAGGUUGCACAAUUAUUGUGCAGAUUGUCAUCCGCCAAGUCCGGAGGAGCACAAUCUUUACCAGAUGUUGUGACUUCGAAAGGCGUUAAGAAGUUAGUCGACCGCAGUGUUCAGACAGAUUCACAGGUGCAAGUUUUGCCUAUACCAAAGCCAGGUCGUUCAAAACCGGCCGCCAAGCGUUCGCCAACGAAACACGGUGGUGUCAAUGGAAUGACACGCUCUCCUCAGAGUACAUCAAGUGAAAUUAUGAAUGUGUCAGCCGGCCCCUUAGCAUCUACUGCAAAGCGGAAACGGAGCACUCAGCAAGCACAACCCGAGGCAAGCACCCGUGAGUUACGAUCGCAAAGCAAAAAUCACGACUCGAAUAGCCUUUCGGCUAGGAGUUCACUGAGGCGAAUAGAAGAGCCCAACAAAGAUAGUCAAGUUCCUAAUGCCUUGAUCACCCCACCUAUUCUCCUUCCCAAUCCAUCGAAACUCAGAACUGUCAAUGUCAAACUCGAAGAGAUUGACAACGCUUUUGCCUUGGCCAAUGUGUCUGAAAGCUUGGCGUCAUCUUCUGCUUUGCCCAAGAUGACUCCAAGGCGCCCUUGCGCCCCUCGUCGACUUACACAGAAGGAAACCGAUGAUCAUCCCAUAGAUGUCAAAGAAAAACGAGGGAGGAAAAGGAAGGUCAGGGAAGACGAACUGCCUGAGGUUGGAAAGACAAACGGUGUUGAAGCAGACGACCGGAAAGCUUCCGAGAAAAGAAAGGAUAAGAAGGUCAAGCCCGGGAAAAAGACCACCAUCCGGACUUCUUCUCAGCAAGGUCCUAUGCAGCCACCGAAUACAACACCGACCGCGUCAAAUUCGAGUCGCCUUAUACCUUCCAUUUCCCUUCCAGCCACCCCAUCGCUAAAGAUUCGUCUUCCUCGGCUCACCGGUAGCAUCACAAAGAACGUUUCCCCUGCUGUGCCUAGUAGCAACGGUAAACCUCCUGCUCGCUUAUGA